UCUGUCCCCGCCUUCCCUCUGUCUGAUCCUUGGCCCGUGCUGUCUUCCCUGCGACUUCCUGAGCUUCUGCCUGUCCCCACCCUGCCCGAGGUAGAGCUCACUGAGCCGAGGUAACACUGGUGAAGCCGAAGCUGGUGGAGGCGACGAGCGGGUAAUAGAUGUCCUAGGGGUUCUGGCGACUCACGCGUUUGCUCGGGGACCUGCUGGGCUCCUGGCUGGCGACAGCCGCCAGGACGUCGCCUUACCGCACCCCUCGGCCCACCCUGGGCUCGCGGAAGUUUUGUUACGCGGGGGCAGCAGCAUUUGCUUCGGGGUGAGCAGCACCAAGAAAAUCACGCCACGCAAACGCUGAGACGUGCUCUGGGGAUUCGUGAGAUGGUGACCUGCAGCAGCACAGAAGUGGGAAAUGGGGCCGGAGAUUAGAAUUGGGACCCCACCGUGGAGGAACUUCUUCACCUAGUCAGUGCUCUCUGCUGAGCAGCAAUCCUUAGAGUCCAUUCCCUAGCAGUUGAAUGUCUGCAGCAAAUUUCCUAGAGAUCCUCUGUUGUGUAAUAGAACUGUUCUGUGACUUGAUCUUCUCUAAAAUGUAUCUGAAAACCCCGUUAUUCAGCAGUGGACUCUUCCUAUGCAGCACUUCUCUCUCCAGUCAGCAGCCGUGGCCUUGUGAUGCAGUUACGAUUCCAGCUGGUGCAAGGGAUGAGGAAAUAAAUCCUACCUCCAUCCUCCCCACUGUCCCCCAAGGCGUCCCGCCCUCUCUCAGUGCCCAGCUACCUUUUUCCUUCCCUCCUGGGUGUCUGUCUGAUGUCUACUCUGUCCUGUUUAGCAUGUGGGCCUUCCUGAUGAGACCUGAGUACAUUCUGUGCCUGUCUUCAUCCUUAUCAGUGAUGUCUCGGCUCAGUGGUGGCCUCUUGCCCAGGAUUAAUAAGACUCACCUGACCCCCUCCUACCUGAAGAUCCGCGGAGUGGGUCUGGAGGUUGAGGGCCCCAACUUCACACUAGAAGGCUUUCCGUUCCUCAUCAUAGCGGACACUAUGCACUAUUUCCGAGUCUGGAGGGACCGCUUGCUGAAGCUGAAGGCCUGUGGUUUCAACACCCUCACCACGCAUGUUCCUUGGAAUCUCCAUGAGCCGACAAUAGGCCAAUUUUACUUCAUUAGAAACCUGGAUUUGAAGGCUUUUCUAACCAUGGCUUCAGAUGUGGGGCUCUGGGUCAUCCUGUGUCCGGGACCCUACAUUAGCAGUGACUUAGACCUUGGAGGACUGCCUAGUUAAGGUAUUCUUUGAGGCUGGUUACUCAAAGAUCCAAAGAUGAAGCUGAGAACAACUUACAGGGGCUUCACUAAAGCAUAUGACAGGGGUGGCCCCAUCAUUGCAGUGCAGGUCAAGAAUGAGUACAGUUCAUAUCAUCUGGAUAAAAGAUACAUGCCAUAUGUUAAAAAGGCCCUGGUGAAAAGAGGCAUCGAGGUGCUGCUCAUGACUGCUGAGUCGGGGCUAGAAGUGACAAAGGGCCACUUACAAAAUGUGCUGGCCACUGUCCACAUGAAGAGUAUAAAGAAAGAAACUUACCAAGAGCUCUCUUCAGUUCAGGGCCGUAGCCCUGUACUGAUGAUGGUAUAUACAGCAAGCUCUUUUGACACGUGGGGUCUCGUCCACCACACUGUGGAUCCACAAGGAGAGUUCUCCUGCGGUGAAGUGGACACCUCACAGACAUCUGUGCAGGUAAAAUGGCAGCACAGGAUCAGGAAAUUCAGUGAAUGUGUGUUAGAUGGAAGUAGAAAGUCAUCUGGUCCCAGAUUAUUUGAUGCUAAUUCUGCAGUCCUCGCUGGAGAGUUGAUGGUGAUCGUGAAGAUGGAGUUUGAAGUACUAAUGAAGGACAUGCAUGAAAUGUUUAAGCUUAGGUUCUUCCUCAACUUCUAUAUGUUCCACGGUGGCACCAACUUCAGCUUCAUGGGCAGAGCUGCGUCUUUGAACACUUAUACUAUGGCAAACUAUGGGGCACUGCUGACAGAGAAUGGAGAAUACACAGCCAAGUGUCUCACCUUUCAAAAGUUUUUUAGCUCUGUAAUAGGUACCCAGCAACGACCUCAAUCUGAUUGA